AGCAGUCUGUGGGCUGGUUGUCGGAAGGAUCCGGUCAGAGCAGAGGUGCCUGUUGGCUUUCAGGUAGCCGGGAAAAGGGGUCACCGCCGCUAGUCUUCUCCCCGAAAGUGGCCUGUCAGGGCCCGGUGGUGCCACGAUGCGGCUUCUGCGAUGCCUGAUGAAGGGCCAGUCGGCGCUGGCCGGGGCGCCCAAGUAUAUCGAGCACUUCAGCAAAUUCUCUCCAUCGCCGCUCUCCAUGAAGCAAUUCCUCGACUUCGGAUCCAGCAAUGCCUGUGAGAAGACCUCCUUCAUAUUCCUUCGCCAAGAGCUCCCUGUCCGACUGGCCAAUAUUAUGAAAGAAAUCAACCUUCUUCCUGACCGUGUACUGAGUACUCCCUCUGUUCAGCUGGUGCAGAGUUGGUAUGUGCAGAGUUUACUGGAUAUCAUGGUGUUCCUCGACAAGGAUCCAGAGGACCAAAGGAUAUUGGGACAGUUCACCAAUGCUCUGGUCACAAUUCGCAACCGUCACAAUGAUGUGGUCCCUACGAUGGCGCAGGGUGUAAUUGAAUAUAGGGAAGCUUAUGGUGAUGACCCGGUUUCCAACCAAAACAUCCAGUACUUCCUCGAUCGUUUCUAUCUUAGCCGGAUUUCUAUCCGUAUGCUGCUCAACCAACACACCUUGAUUUUUGAUGGUAGCACCAAUCCAGCCCAUCCCAAGCACAUUGGCAGCAUUGAUCCCCACUGCAAUGUAUCAGAUGUAGUUAGAGACGCUUAUGACAUGGCCAAACUGUUAUGUGACAAGUACUACUUGGCAUCUCCUGAUCUGGAGAUCCAGGAGGUGAAUGCCAGUGGAACAGGACCUCAGAAGUGGCAUACGAAUCAACCCACCCAGCCCAUCCACAUGGUCUACGUUCCAUCUCACUUGUACCACAUGCUCUUUGAACUGUUUAAGAAUGCCAUGAGAGCCACUGUAGAAAGCCAUGAGUCCAGCCUGACAUUGCCACCCAUCCAAGUGAUGGUGGCUUUGGGCGAGGAGGAUCUCUCCAUCAGGAUGAGUGACCGAGGUGGUGGGGUUCCUCUUCGCAAGAUUGAUCGACUCUUCAGCUACUUAUAUUCCACAGCACCCAAACCCGAGCUUGGCACCGGGGGGACACCCCUGGCCGGUUUUGGCUAUGGGCUGCCAAUCUCUAGACUCUAUGCCAAGUAUUUCCAAGGUGAUCUUCAGCUAUUCUCCAUGGAGGGAUUUGGAACAGAUGCUGUCAUCUAUCUGAAAGCCUUGUCAACAGACUCUGUGGAAAGGCUUCCAGUGUACAACAAGUCCGCAUGGCGUCACUAUCAGACCAUCCAGGAGGCAGAUGACUGGUGUGUGCCCAGCACGGAGCCCAAGAACACGUCCACCUAUCGAGUCACCUAAGCAAGCCUCUCCGUUAACAGGAAGGGAGCUACCCUGCUUCCAAAGGGAGGAAACCAAACUUUGUUGAGGGGAGAAAAAGAAACAAACAAUAAUCACCAGCAUAAAUCCCACCUCGUGUUGUAAAAUCUCUGUGGAAUGUUCUCCUUGUGGCUGUCUGGCCUGAAGAUCUGCCAGAUUUGCUUUUGUUCCUCUUUAGUAUUUGCACACAUCGCCUUUUUAUUAUGUUUGUGUUAUAAUCAUGAAGCAGAGAGAACUUGACCACUAAGCAUUAAUACGUUGAGAAAAAAUCAGGAAGCAAAAAGAGGGAAGAAGAAGCUAACAAGCGUGGAUGUGAUUUUGUUGCAUUUCUUCACCUGAAUCAAGAUCCAAGCAAAAGGCACAAAGAGGUUUAAAACCUGACAUAGGGACAGCAGAGUCCAUUGCAAAGAGCCAAGGACAUUAGAGGAAACAGGCAUGUUUUUUAGUACAGGUAUAUUGCUCUGGAAGUAAGAAAUAUUCUCUUGAGUGGUAGAUAUUUUUGCAUUAUGUUCUGUGUGCUUUUCAUCAUACAUGUCUGAGUCUCAGACAAGUUGAGGAAAGCAACACAAGAACCGGGAAUUUUAGCCCUGGAAGAAUCAGAGUUAGAUUGUACCGGGUAGAUUGAGACCUAAGGAAAAGGCUUUGUUAGCAUUGCAGGUGUUUUGGAGUUUAUGGUUUCUUGCUUGUUUGUCUCAUCCACUGCUUGUGCUUUUGCUCACCAUGGCUCAAUUCCUAGACUGGCUUGUGGCGGAAUAUAGAUCCUUUGGUCCUGCUUAUAUUGGAGGAGUUUCUCCUCUCCAUGGGAAAAGUAUUAGGGACAAUUGGGAUGGCUUAUGGGAGAAAACCGGAGCCAGAAGAAAUGCCGAAAUAAGAGUCUCCGUCAGAUGAAGAGUGAACUGGCAACACUGAAAGCUUCAAUCCUGUCCUCCAACUGCAACAGAACAAACGGAAUAUAUAUAUUAUAAGGACAUAUUUCUGGUUCACAUGUCUCCAGUGCUCAGAAGCUAUGGGCAAAAGGGGCUUCCCUCCCCCAAGAAUCUCAGAGGCAAUCAAUUAUGGAUUCUCCCUCCCCUCUUUUAUAGCCUUCCCCCAUCAUGGCAGCUGUUUGCUUUCCAGCAGCUCUUUGCUAUGAUCUCACUUUUCUGGUCCUCAUUUCAAAACAAGUGGAAAUGUUUUGUAGGUGGAAAAUCGCUUCUGCCUUCUAUUUUUAUCCUGUGCUAUUGUUCUAAGCAGAUGUUAAUAUUAUUGUUCUAAGCAGAUGAUCCCCCCCCUGAGUUGCCUUCGCCUGUUUAUCAUUUUAAGCAGUAACAAACCACCCUUCUGUCACUGCCCGUCCUCUGUGUUGGACACCGGAAAAGAUCUGUGUUUAUAUCUUAAAUAUACUUUUUAAUUCUUGAGAGGAACAAGACAUAUGCCAAGGUCCUAUUGCUGCUACAGUGUUACAGUAUCAAUUUUCUUGAUCAGCUAAGAAAAAAAAAAUUAAAUUUAAAUAUGAUCUU